CCUCAGACUGUGAGGGACGGUGCCGUCCUUCCAACAGAUAAGAGCUUUUCCUGUACUGAGUGCGGGAAGUGUUUCCAAUUUAAAUCCAAUCUUAAUGUACAUAAAAGAACUCACACAGGGGAGAAGCCGUAUUCUUGUCCUGAGUGUGGGAAAUGUUUUUCAGUGAAGUCCACUCUUUACACACAUCAGAGAUCUCACACAGGGGAGAAGCCACAUUCCUGUCCUGAGUGCGGGAAAGGUUUUUCACAAAAGUCCCAUCUUUACAUACAUCAGAGAUCUCACACAGGGGAGAAGCCACAUUCCUGUCCUGAGUGCGGGAAAUGUUUUUCGCAUAAGUCCCAUCUUUACACACAUCAGAGAUCUCACACAGGGGAGAAGCCAUAUACCUGUCCUGAGUGCGGGAAAUGUUUUUCAGCCAAGUCCAGUCUUUGCAAACAUCAGAGAUCUCACACAGGGGAGAAGCCAUAUUCCUGUCUUGAGUGCGGGAAAUGUUUUUCACAGAAGUUCAAUCUUUACACCCAUCAGAGAACUCACACAGGGGAGAAGCAGUUUUGCUGUCCUGAUUGCAAGAAAUGUUACUCACAGAAGUCUGAUCUUAUCAGACAUCAGAAAUCACACACUGGGGAGAAGCCGUAUUCCUGUUCAGAGUGUGGAAAAUGUUUUUCACGGAAGUCCCAUCUUUCCACACAUCAGAGAUCUCACACAGGGGAGAGACCAUAUUCCUGUCCUGAGUGUGGGAAAUGUUUUUCUCAGAAGUCCAGUCUUUCCACACAUCAGAGAUCUCACACGGGGGAG